UGCUAGUUAGGUGUAAACACAGAUCUAUCUCUGGUUGUAAACAUUGACUCUGACGUCUUUAAAUCACUGAACCGCCCUUGAACUUUGUGUUAGAAUGCGAACCGAGAUAAGACACAAAUAAAGACACACGGGAGGAAACAUGUCGGCUGUUAGAUGAACGUUUACGCCUGUUCCUGCAGCUCUCCUCCAGUCAUGGCUCGGUUCCUCCAGAGAUCACUCAGCCUGAGGACAGCUCUCAGACAUCUGAGCCCCCAGAGAACCUUCUCCUCCUCCUCCUCCUCCUCCUCCUCCUCCUCAGCUGCUGCUGUCAGACGUUCCUCCCUGGACCUCCACAGUCUGUUUCCUCCUUCCACCGUCUCCUCGUGGCAGUUUGGAGUCUGCUGUAGGAAGCUCCACAGUGGGACAGACGUCUCCAGGCCGUCUCCUGCUGCAGCUCCAGACAGGCUGCCUUUCUCCUCCAUCACUCAGGAGGAUUUAACUUUCUUUAGGGAGAUUCUACCCGGCAGAACCAUCACUGACCCCGACCUGCUGGAGUCCAGUAACGUGGACUGGCUCAAGUCAGUAAGAGGCUCCAGUGAAGUCCUGCUGAGACCUCAAACAACAGAGGAAGUUUCACAAAUUCUCAAAUACUGUAACAGUCGUAGCCUGGCGGUGAGCCCUCAGGGAGGAAACACUGGACUGGUUGGAGGCAGCGUCCCAGUUCAUGAUGAGGUCAUCCUCUCCACCGCCCUCAUGAACAACAUCACCACCUUCGACAGCAUCUCAGGUAUUCUGACGUGUCAGGCUGGUUGUGUCCUGGAGAACUUGUCCCUCUACCUGGAGGACAGAGACUACAUCAUGCCUCUGGAUCUGGGGGCCAAAGGAAGUUGCCACAUCGGCGGCAACGUGGCAACAAACGCAGGCGGACUGCGGCUGCUUCGCUACGGCUCCUUACACGGCACGGUGCUGGGUCUGGAGGUGGUUCUGGCCGACGGGCGGGUUCUGGACUGUUUGGCGACUCUUCGUAAAGAUAACACAGGAUACGACCUGAAACAGCUGUUCAUCGGGUCAGAGGGCACGCUGGGCGUCAUCACCGCCGUCUCCAUCCUCUGUCCCCGCAAACCACCUUCUGUUAACGUGGUCUUCCUGGGCUGUGAGACCUUUGAGCAGCUCCUGAAGACCUUCCAGCUGUCCAGAGGCAUGCUGGGAGAAAUCCUCUCAGCCUUUGAGUUCCUGGACAGUGAAUGUAUGAGGCUGCUGAACACACACCUCAAACUACCCAACCCCAUCUCUGAUUGUCCGUUCUACGUCGUCAUAGAAACGUCUGGAUCUGACCCGACACACGACGGAGAGAAACUCCACAACUUCCUAGAGAAGGCGAUGACAUCAUCAAUGGUCACUGACGGUACCGUGGCAACCGAGGACUCCAAAAUAAAGGCUCUGUGGUCGAUGCGUGAGCGAGUCACCGAGGCUCUGACUCACGACGGCUUCAACUACAAAUACGACAUCUCGCUGCCGGUGGAGCGCAUCUACCAGCUGGUGACGGACAUGAGGGAGCACCUGGGGGGGCGGGCCAAGAGCGUGGUGGGCUACGGACACGUAGGAGAUGGAAACCUCCACCUGAAUAUCACGUCUCCGGCUAAAGACCCGGCGCUCCUCGCCUCCAUCGAGCCCUUCGUCUACGAGUGGACGGCCCGUUGCCAUGGCAGCAUCAGCGCCGAGCACGGCCUGGGCCUGAAGAAGAGGAACUACAUCUACUACAGUAAACCCAGACCGGCUGUGGCUCUGAUGGGGGACAUCAAGACCCUGCUGGACCCCAAAGGGAUCCUCAACCCCUACAAGACUCUACCAGACGACCUGAAGUGAUUUAUAGUCCAAGUUACUACUGAAUGUUAUAUGAACUACCUCGAUUAGUCCUUAAUCCACUCCAGCAUCACUAACAAGUCCAGGAAGGGGAACUAAGUGCUUUUGGACCAGACCAGAGUCCCGUUUGAGUCAUUUUUGUAGUAUUUUCACCUGUCUGAAACCUUAAAGUUCUCCUUAUCAGCUGCCACAGAGAAAAGACUUGUUGUCUGUUUAGCAGCUGGUAAAACUUCCUGUAUUUAUGGAGCUGCAGGCAAAAUGUUUGUAGUAUUUUCAUAGUGCAUUCAUUCUGUUAAUGUCUAAGACUUUGAGUUUUCUUUAACCCUUUGGGGCUAUUUUGUCGGUUUUGACUCUUUUUC